GCAGCAAUGCGCUGACGGUGCCUUAUCUGCCAAAUAAAAGAAAAAGAAAAAGAAGAACAGUGCUUUUUGUCCCUUUCUUUGACCAGUAGUAGGUAGCGAAAUCGUUCUUGUGUAUGCGUGUAUCGCAACUUGUGGUGAAGGUCGUCAGUUAAACUGGUGUCACAAUGUCUCUGCCGAAGCCAGUCAUGCGUGGGCUCCUGGGGAAACGGCUGAGGUUCCACUUGCCCAUUGCCUUUGCCCUGUCCCUGGCUACUGCCGUAGCCUUCAAGUACUCGGUUACAGAGCCAAGAAAACGGGCAUAUGCUGAAUUCUACAAGGACUAUGAUGCCAUGAAAGAAUUCAAUGCAAUGCGGGAAGCAGGCGUGUUUGAAAGUUGCAGGCCAUCUGGUGAAUAAACAAACGUCAUGUUCCAAUAUCCAUUCCUGAUGUAAACUUCCUGCACCUUGAUGUUUUUCUUUUUUGAAGGGGAUAAUGGUCUAUGUGAUCUCAAUAUAUCCAAUAAACAUAUUUCUUGAAA